GAAAAGGUGCUACGGCUUGAUCGGUAACUUUCAAUAAUUGUAUUUCCCUUAAAACGUCGUUAGAAAGAGUCUAAAUUAGAUCAUGUUUAAAACUGGGCGGUUAAUAAAAAACUGCCUUAAAAUAUAUUCUUCAAAUCUUUGUCGAACGUUGAAUAUUUCGACGUUAAACCGAAAUUUUCAACCUGCAUUGAGCGAUGAAGUUAUUGAUACAAAUGAUGAGAAUACCUAUAAUAUUUUAUCGAAUAAUAUGUUAAUCUUUAAGGAUUUUAUAACGGUAGAGGAAGAAGAUAAUCUACUCAGAGAGUUAGAAGUUCACUUGAAGAGAUUAAGAUACGAAUAUGAUCAUUGGGAUGAUGCUAUUCACGGUUAUCGGGAAACUGAAAGGAAAUCGUGGAAGAAAGAAAAUCAAACCAUUGUCGAUAGAAUAAGAAAUGUUGCUUUUGAAGAAAAUUCCAAACUUCUGCCUCUUGUGCACGUAUUAGAUUUAUCAAAAGACGGAUGGAUAAAACCUCAUGUUGAUAGUGUUAAAUUUUGCGGUGAUACGAUAGCCGGAAUAUCGUUAUUAUCAUCAGCAGUGAUGAGACUAAUUAACGAAGGGGAUAAAACAAAAUUUGGCGAUGUUCUUCUAGAAAGAAGAUCAUUGUACGUUAUGAAGUAA